UCCUACUUUACUUCCACGCCAUCAAAGACAAAAACGAAAAAAAAAAAAGAAAAUGCCAUUCAACGCCCUAAUCCGCACACACCACAUAACCUCGCGCAAAAAAGUCUCUGCUCUCAAACGCGCCGCAGAAACAUACAACUGCUUCGCGCUGCUCAGGUCCGGCGGAUGUCCCGGGAUCAUGUACGUCGAGGCAGACAACAAACCGGCCGUGGAGUCCUGGGUGGGCGCUGUUCGGAAUCUACGGUAUAAGGAUUUCCAGCUUGUGAAUCGGCCUGCGGAGCUCCGGGUAGUAGGCGGGGAUCUGGAUACGAGCGGAGAUGCCAAAAAGGCACUGGAGGAGAGCAGGAGGACGCGAGAAGAUACCGGGUUGCGAGCUGGCUUGUUGGAGGUCCACACCGUCAAGGAGUUUACGCGGGCCAUGGAGCGGCGAGGGGUGCGGGAGUGGUGUCGGCAGGGCAUGGGAUGGGGGGGGGGUACGUGA